ACAAAGUCCCGCUUAUGUGUGCUCGAAUACUAUUGGUGUGUUCAGUGACUGAUAGCCUAUCAGAUCAAGGCUUCCUAACGUGCAGGAAAAAAUGCAGUUGUCCUAUUUCCUCGAUUGGUAACGCAACAGCCCGCCAUGGAGGCUUCUUCGUCGGUGUACAUGUGUUUCCCCUGCUACCAGGAGUUCAACACCCUGGAAGAUGUGCUCAAGCACCAGCUGACUUGCACUGCUGAGGUCGCAGAUGGUCUGCCGGUCACAUCUGGAACCAGCUCUCAAGCUGUCCCGCUGAUGCAGACUCAGCAUCAGGUAUUAAGCCAGCUUGUAGCUCCAUCAAACGUCAUUCUAGCCCCACAGAUCCACGUCCAAACAGGAGGCUCCUCUGCAUCACCUAGUAUCAGUGGACCGAAGAUUGCUGCAGCCUCUUCCUCAGUCAGGUUACCAUCAGACCAGCCCAGAAUCCUAUACCAGUGUGGGGAAUGCGAUGAACUUUUCAAGAGCUUGGACCUUUGGCAGCUACACCGGAAAGAAGGCUCGUGUAAUCAGCCUGUCUCUGGUACCAUGUCCAAACCUGAUCCAGGAACAAAACCAGAAGAAGAGCUGCAACCUGAGCAAGAACCCGAGACAGAACCUGGGCCGGAACCUGAGACAGAACCUGGACCAGAACCCGAGACAGAACCUGGGCCAGAGCCUGAAACAGAAACUGGGACAGAUGAGACUGUAUUAUCAGAGAAGACGCCAGUAGAGGCUCAGGAUCAAACCACAGUAACAAACGCAGGAGAGGUGAGCCAGUCUCAGUCCGUUGCAGAGGUCCUGUCCGCUCAGACCCCAGACCCUCCUGUCUCUGAGUUACCUGUCCCUUCUAAUUUAGAGGAUUCCUCUCCCUCCAAAAAGAGAGGGGCCAACAAAAAGCCUAAGCCCGAACCCGUGCUCCUGUGUGUGGAUUGUGGUUCAAGCUUUGGUCUGGUGUCUGAGCUUGUGGCCCACCGUAAGACUCAGCAUGGGUUGGAAGAAGCCCUGCACCGUUGCUCUGUCUGCGGGGAGAGCUUUCUCAACACCACCCUCUUUCUCUACCACCGCAAACAGCACCGGCAGAAGGGUGAAGAGAAAGAAAUGGCAAUGGUUUUAGAACAGACAUCGGAGGACGUUUGUACUGAGACCAAUGGCACUGAUGAGCAGGGGCAGGAUGCCACUCCCUCUGCCAACAUUUCCACCUCCAGCUUCACACAGCCUGAGUCAUUCAUGUGCACCCAGUGUGGUGAGAGCUUCAUCAACGAUGUAGGGCUGGCUGCGCAUCGAAAACAGAAGCAUGGCCUGCAGGAGGCCCUCCACCAUUGUUCUGAGUGUAGCCAGGAUUUCAUGAACACAACCCAGUACCUGUACCAUCGCCGCUCGCACCGCAGCAAACAAGGGGCAGAGGAGGGGGUGGGAACUGAAGCCAGUGUUGAAGUAGCCACCACCACCCCUCAAGAUGUACCACAGAGCUCAAAGCGGCAACACUCUCCCUCUGCCUCCUCCAGUGAAUCAGGUGCGCCACAACCUAAGAGAGGCAGGCCUUCCAUCAGGAUCCACCGUGGCAUUAAUGCCCUCAAAGAGAGCAACAAAGGGCCAGACAACACCAAGGAGGAUUUGGAGGGCAACGCUGCCACAGACUUAGACAACACCAACCUCCCUCCGCCUGCCAAGCUCUUGCAUGACUGGGCUCGCACCCCGCUACCCCAUGUUUGCCCCUACUGUGGCAAAACUUUCACACGCCGUGUCUUUCUCCGCACCCACGUCUACAGCCACACAGGAGAAAAGCUCUUCACAUGCAAGGUGUGCUCAAAGGCCUUUACUAACUCCCAAAGCCUGCUGCGCCACAGCAUGAGCCACACAGGCAAUAAGCCCUUCAACUGUGAUGUGUGUGGCAAGAACUUCUCCCAGGCGGCCACCUUGAAGAGACACAAACGCACUCACACAUCAACACAGCCUCGACGCAAGCGUGGACGCAAACCGGCAUGUACUUUGGACAGUGAGGGAUCUUCCCAUCUCUUCCCCUGCCCUUAUUGCCCCUCACGGUUCAACACAGAGGAUCAGCUCACCCAUCACAAACUGCUCCACACCAGCCACCCGUUCCCGUGCGCACAGUGUGGAGAGGCCUUCAAACGCAGGAAGGAGCUGGACCUGCACUCCCUCUCUCACCAAGAUAAGGAACCAGCAACAUGUGCCCACUGCUCAGCCCAGUUUGUCAACCAGUCGGUGUUGGACAUCCACCUGCAGCGCUGCCCAACCACAGAGGAGGAGAGGAACGCCGGUCGAGGACGGGGCCAGGGGCGAGGACGCUGCACUGGACAGAUUGAGUGCGACUUAUGCGGCCACCGCUGCAUGACCCAGGAGGGCCUGGACCUGCAUCGGUUAUCCCACACAGGCCAGACACCUCUCAAGUGCCCCGUGACGCCUUGCCGACGCCGGUUUGCUUCCAAUGCUGCCCUGGAGGAGCACGUGCUGGCCCACUUCCAGGGCACGCACACCAAGGCCAAGAACCGACCCCGCUUCCGCUGCCAGAUCUGCCACAAGGACUUUGCCUACACUUCCACCUUCAACGUCCACAUGAGGACACACACUGAUGAGAGGCCCUUUGAGUGCUCCACAUGUGGCAAACGUUUCCGCCAGCUGCCCCACCUACAGGACCAUGAGCGCAUCCACAGCGGCCUGCGGCCCUUCUGCUGCUGGGUUUGCGGCAAGAGUUUCAGCGUGGCUGCCCGUCUCACGGAGCAUGCCCGCACCCACAGCGGCGAAAAGCCUUAUCCCUGUCCCCACUGCCCUGCUGCCUUCCGCUCGCGCUCCAACCUGGAUAAACACAUCCGGCUGCAUGGCGACGUGCCUCCAGAGGCCAGCGUGCAGGCUGUGCAGGCAGCCGAGGCUGCACAGGUCCAGAAGGUCCUGGAAGGGGCCAAGGUGCUCUCUUCUCUGGCCGACACGGGUGAUGGAGAUUCUGGAGCUGUGCAGACAAUCUAUGUACUGCAGGGGGCUGAAGGCGGGGCCGAGACGGUUAUGAUCCCGUCUGAUCAGCUCAGUGCCAUGGAGGGCUCUUCGCAGGUCGUCAUCCUGCCCUCGUCUGUCCUGGGAGGUCAGGCCAUUACAGUUCCCACCAUCACCAUGGAUGGCAAUGAAAUUACCAUGGUGGAGGGGAGCCAAUCUCCUCAACAUGCUAUUGAAUUCAUUGUGGAAGAGACUGUUUAAAGGCCGUUGAGGAAGGAAUAGAACAAGAGAGAAUCUGUAACUCAUAUUAGUUGUGAAUAAAGACUGUUUAGGAAUUAAAGAGAUUGAUUAUUUGAAGGAUAUUAAACCAUCACUUGCAAUUAUUCCCUUGUGUGUGUAUAGUUUCAUGGACAUCUGAGCCAGUUUGAAGAUAAUUUGCAUUCAGUGUGGUAAUAACAUUUUUCAGAGAUACUGUUCCAGACUUUGGCUGAGCAGUAAAGACAGGUUUGGUUUGUUGAUAUUGUAUAAGCUACAGAAUUAAGGGUUCCAAGAAGGAAAUCUCAGGAAAACAGAAUGUACCCUCAAAGUGUAUCUUUCAGACCGAUUGAAAAUCAGAUUGUAAAAUUGUUCCGCGAUUGUAUACAGACAAUAUCUAUUUACAGCUCCUUUUUAUUAGAGAAGGUCCGGUGGCAGCCCAUAAAGCCUGUUCUGCUUUCUUUAUAAUAAAACGCUUCAGCUUUCA